AAUCUCCAUGGCAACAUGGCGGCAUCAAAACACUGUAUGAUCGGACCCUUUGGAUUUGAUUCGCAACAGCUGCAGAGCAGCGUAUACCGAUUGUCAACAUUUUGUAAUUUUUACAAUUUUUGGUAGCAUUUUGCCGCUUGCAGUGUUGUUUGACGCAAAGCGGUAGUUCCCAGUGCAAAAACGCUUCCUUCGAAAACAAUUCCAUCCGGCGUUCUUUCGGUGCUGAUCGAAAAGUAUUGAUCGUCCGUCUCGAGAAUGAGUGCAAACGAAGAUCAACAAGAGCAACAGCGUGCCGAUUCUCCCACGGUCGAGGAAGAGGAACGGCCACCGGGUGCGGGCGAGGUAGCCGAACAUGAGAUCGUUAAAAUGGAGGACGUAAUUACGAUCGAUCCGGAAACGACCGAGGUUGAUCUGAAUCAUGGGCGCAUCGGGAAGAUCGAGAACCUCGAACCGCUAACAAAGCUUGAACGACUGUACCUACGCUGGAAUUUGAUAAAAAAGAUUGAAAAUCUGGACCAUCUAACGUCCCUCGUCGAGCUGGAGCUGUACGACAAUCAGAUAACGGAGCUGGAAAAUCUGGACCAACUGGUUAAUCUUGAGAUGCUCGAUGUGAGUUUCAAUCGAUUGCAUCAGAUCAAGAACCUGUCCGCGCUGACCAAUCUGCGGAAGCUGUUCCUGUGCGCUAACCGCAUAUCGGUGAUUGAAAAUCUGGGCCACUUCACCAACCUGACCAUGCUGGAGCUGGGCGAUAAUAAGAUCCGGAAAAUCGAAAACCUCGACACUCUUACCAACAUGACCCACCUGUACCUGGGCAAGAACAAGAUAACGAAGAUCGAAAAUCUCGACCAGCUGGUGAAGCUGGAAUGCUUAAGCUUGCAGUGUAACCGGCUGACCAAGAUCGAAAAUCUGGACCGGCUAGUUAAUCUGACGGAGCUGUAUCUGUCGGAAAAUGGUAUAGAGACGAUUGAAAAUUUGGACCAAAACAAGCAGCUCGAAACGCUCGAUCUGGCAAAGAACCGGAUCAAGCGGAUCGAAAACAUUGAGCAUCUGGAAGCGCUGGAAGAGUUUUGGAUGAACGAUAACGGCGUAUCGGAAUGGGGUUGCGUGGAUAGGCUGGCCAACAAUAAGCGGCUGGCGACGGUCUAUCUCGAGCGCAAUCCGGUAGCGAGCGAUGUCAACUAUCGGCGAAAGCUGAAGCUUGCCGUGCCCUGGUUGCAAAAGAUUGAUGCGACACUGUGCCGUUAGUAGUGUACUGGGGGUAAAAUGGGUAUUAAAUGCAGCUAAGCCCCAUUAACAAUUGAUUGUAUUAGGUAUUGUAGUUGUAUUACAAAUCAGAUGACAUAGGGAUCAUUAGUUUAAGGCACAAAAAGGAAGCUUCUGUUGGAAUGAUGGAGCCGCCUGGUGGUUUACGAGUGUGGGGUCUUUCUGGCUGAUUUCUUCUCUCAUCUGGACCGUUCUGUUGAGUCAGAAAGCCAGAAAAUCACCAGACUCUAGUGGCCCAUGUAACUUCAUGUUAAAGACACCAAACAACCCGGCUCUAACAGUUUUUUUUUUCACACCAUCCAAGUGCUCAAAGAAGGCGUGAUGAGUCCAAAUAGAGAUGAAAAAUUAUGCCUACACAAAAUGAGCAGAAACAUUAACUUUAAGGCUAGAUUAAUUGAAAUACCAUUGAAUUUUGCAUACAAAUAAUUAUUUGCCUUAGUGACAUUUUAUUCAUUCACUUUACUAAACUUGAAGAACACGCUAACAUGACUUAAAACAUAAACAAGGGCAGAUGAAUAGUUGUUGAGCCGGGCCUCUAUCGCGCGUUACGGGUAAAAUCAUGUCGAA